AUCCAGCCCACCUACCCGGAUUCCGAUUUAAGGAGCAGCAAGAAGUUGGUUUUCUUGCACAAACGAUAACCAUUUCACAUUCUGUUGCUUCUCUUUUUUCCCUGCACGUAAAUAACCAUUCAACAAAAAACCUCAAACUCAGAAGCAUCAUCAGAGAGAUGGCAGUAGCAGCUUAUGCAACUUUGCGUUCCCUCUCACAUGUCCUUAACAAUCUCCAGCUUCCUGCUCGUCUCCGUCGGCUUCAUGUCGACACAAAUCGAAUUCAGAGCCUGCAAGAAACUGUUCAGUUCUUGCUGGACUUUCUCGAAGCUCAUUCCCAAAGAAUAAGUGAAGAAAUUGGAGUUGUGGGGAGGCAAAUUGCUGAUGCUGCUGCAGAAGCAGAAGAAGUUGUUGACCGCCAUGUAGUGGAUCAGCUUCGGUUUGGAUCUGAGGAAGAAAGCCACUGUAUGGCAGCCCUCUCAUCUUUCUCUCAAGAUAUAGACAAAGUCACUGGAAAGUUGGAUUCCCUCACAACAGAGUUGACGAAGAUGGUGAAAGAAGAAUGGGCAGUCGACGCCCAAGAAGAGCAGUGCAUAGUGUCUGUUCCUGUCAAAUCACCAAAAGUGCUUUCUUCCAGUGGCAAGAAGACUACUGUGGUGGGAUUUGACGAACACUUGGAACAAAUCGUGGAUGAGCUCACCAGAGAUGAACCUGAUCUCCAGAUCCUCCCCAUUGUAGGGAUGGGAGGCAUUGCUAAUUGCUUCGAGGAGCACGAAUGGAAUCAAGUUGAAGGCAACUUUCCUCGACUCAAAUUCUUGAAAAUUUCGGACAAUGAUCACCUGAAGCGAUGGGGGGCAGAAAAUAUCGAUAUCCACUUUCCUAAGCUUGAGAGUCUCUUUCUAGAUUACAUGAGGGAGUUGGAGGAGAUCCCUGCAAAUCUUGGAGACAUACCCACACUCCAUUCCAUUUAUUUGGCUGGUUCUGAUGAUUCUGUCAUCGAUUUGGCAAAGCAAGGAGUGGAGGCACAACAUAGCAAUGGAAAUGUGAUUCUUCAACUUUAUAUAGAUGGAGAAAGGUAUCAAGUUGGUAGUUCAUAGCCGCUUAUUGUACCACACCACCUCAAUUAAUCUUAUGGGAGCUCUCCUGUUUGUCUUCAAUGUCGUCUGCACGUGUUUGGUGAAUGAGUGUCAAAAAAACAAAAUGAUAUUGUCAUUGUAACAACUAUUUUCUUUUACAUUUUAUUGUCGACGUUCAUUUUUUAUUGAAAAGAGGAAAUGUCUUUUGCACCCCUACUCAAGGAUAUUUUAGG